GCUUGCUUUCACACAGAAGAAUGGAGGAGAGAAGUGAAGAAUCAUUGACUUUCUCUGUUAGGGUCUUCACUCUGCAGGAGGAGGUGAUGGCUGAGGAGGAGCACAUGGAGACACAUAAGAAGGAGGUGCAGGUCCAGGAGGAGGUACGCAGAGAGCAACAAGUCAGUGUGUGCAGACAGGGAGCUGAGCAAGAGCUCACUCUGCUCCUCACCACAGGACUGGAGGCUCAGCAGCUCACUGUGCAGGAUGGCAACAGAGCAUCGGUCUUCCAGUUUACUGUUUCCAAAGAGAUGGAUUGUUGCCAGGUUGGAGGUCAAUCUUUCCUGCUCUCCAUCGACAAGCUGAGUCUUCUGCUGCAGUUCAAAAGUCCAGCUGAUAUGAAGAACUUCCAGCAGUUAUUGAAAAGAGGGAAUGAUGAAGAGAUCAUGAAAGUUUGCACAGAAAAAGAUAUGAGAGGAAGUGAGGAUGCAGAGAGCCAAGCACUUUCUACAACACAUCUCCCUACACAGGGCUAUCAAUUCCACAGCUGUCUUUCCCAGCAGAGGAGCUUGCUUCAGGACUACCUUAGGACAACCACCUAUCAGAGAGCCAUAUUAGUCAAUGAGACUGACUUCAAAGACAAGGUGGUUCUGGAUGUGUGUUGUGGUUCUGGUAUUCUGUCUUUCUUUGCUGUCCAGGCUGGAGCUACCAGAGUUUAUGCUGUUGAGUCCAGCCCCAUGGCCAAGUAUACAAAGAUCCUGGUCCAGAGUAACAGUCUGUCUGAGCGGAUCAGGGUCCUAGAGGGGGAGGUGGAGGAUGUCAGCUGUCCUGACAUGGUGGAUAUCAUUAUCUCUGAGCCAAUAGGUUACAUGCUGCUCAAUGAGAGACUCAUGGAGAGCUUCCUGUAUGCCAAGAAAUGGCUCAAACCCAAUGGUCUGAUGUUUCCCUCCUGUGGUGAUAUUCAUCUGGCUCCUUUCAGUGAUGAGCAGCUCUACUUUGAACACUAUGCACAAGCCAGUUUUUGGCAGCAGAGAAGCUUCUAUGGUGUUAACCUGAGUGCUCUUCACAGUGCUGCAGUGGACGAGUUUUUCAGACAACCUAUAGUGGACACAUUUGAUGUGCAGAUCCUGAUGGCCAGGUCCGUCAAGCACUGCAUCAACUUCAUGGAGGCUAAAGAAGAGGAUUUGCACAGAAUGGAGAUUCCCUUUGUGUUUACACUGCUGCAGUCUGGCCUGGUUCAUGGACUUGCCUUCUGGUUUGAUGUGGCUUAUCUGGGAUCCAAGUCAGCAGUGUGGCUCUCCACAGCUCCCACUGAGCCUCUGACCCGCUGGUAUCAAGUCAGAUGUUUGUUUCAGACGCCACUCUUUGCCAAGCUGGGACAAACUCUGUCUGGGACUGUUCUACUGGUUGCUAACAACAGGCAGAGCUAUGACAUCCACAUCACAGCCACAGUUGACCAAUCAGGUUUCAGAUCUGGAAACAUCCUGGACCUCAAGAACCCCUUUUUCAGAAUGCCAUCCUGGUUCCACAACUAGGGACCUCCAGAACAUUGGUAGGUUCCCAGUGAUCCAGGCUGGUGGCCUUUCAGGAUGCUAGAGGAACCGGAUUAGGAAUCAUCAUGUCACACAGCUACACACCUGAGCUCCCACUUAUUUUUGUUGUCGUCUAUACAUUUUGUCAACAAACAUUGGUGCUGAAUGUAAAGCCAAACUUAAAGUUGAAUUUGCGGUCCAUGUCACCUUUAAAGAAAUCUACAAUUUAAUAGAAACAUCAUACAGAUAUUGUGUCUGUAUACAGCAUACUAUACACAUAUAUAUAUAUACACAAAUACAUGCAUGUUCUUAAUUUGCUGUAAUAAAAUGUUUCCUCACAAACUGGAAUUUAUCUACUCUUGAAUAUAGAUUGAAUAUAGUA